UAUAAAAAAUAUUUGACGCACUUUUGCCGUUGCGAGCUACGCUACGUAACUACGUAACUACGUCACAUCCAACGUCACUGCUGAUACAAACGUCCCAACGGCAGAGAUGGCGGCCAGGCUGUCAUACGUUACCUAGGCAAAGCGAUGUUGUUGUUUUUAUGGAUAACAAGUUCAUCUUACUGACUUAAUAGAAACUGAAUAAGCGGACAUUAUGGAUGAACCGUGGGAUUUUGAGUUUUUGUCCCGCAUCGCUGACAGCUGCUUGUCGUUCCUCUCUGAAUUUGUUGACGACUGGCUGGCCAACGACAUGAGAGUCUGCAUAUUCAAAAUCCUGCUCAGCUGGUUGAUUUUCAGUCUUAUCGCCAUUCACUUUGCGUGGAAGGUCUACGGGAACACGGUGAACGAUAUGUACUAUCGACAGGGUACCGGACAAAACGGAGGCACACCUGACACGGCACCUCAUCUCAGUGGAUGGGAAAGUCGAGGAGGAGCAGGAGAUACCCUGAAGACUCAUCGAGACUAACAGGACAAUGGUGCUGGACUUUAGACUUUAUCCAAGUGAUAGCUGGACAGUUUACAUCUACCAGAAACACUGAAUGCACCCUCAAGUUUUGCUGAUAACGAAGCAUCCUUCAAGACGCACCUUCUCGUGACUGUCCCAAUAAACGUGUCAUCACUUUUCAUGCAUACCAACAGUGACACCCUGAUAUCCACUAAAUCAACUACAUGGUGCAGAGAUAUUUAUUUUGGCCUGGUAAUUGGGCACAACCUUACUCCGCUUAAAUACCUAAAUGCUGAUGUCUCUGCUUCAGUGGUCAGUGUUUUUUGUUUUUAUUAUUUUUCAAAGAGGCCUCAGUACAAAUGUGAAAAAUAUUAAAAUAUUUGUGUGUACAUGAAGGGGGCUUUAAGAACACUGUUUUGUUAGCAGACAUGAAAUGUAUCAUUCUGACCAUGGGCUUAAUUUGAAUGAUGUAUGGAGACCAAAAAAAUACAGUAUUUUUCAACACAGGACACAGGAUCAUGUGGAUGAACUGUUUUAAUAGUAAUCCUUAAUUGCAACAGUAGUAAAUUAAGUAAGUAAAUGAAUAAUGCAUGUGACUAGUUAUCAUUAGCACAAUUCUUUGCAGUAGUAGACGGAGUCAUUUCUAUCACUGCUAUUUCAUAAACAAUGUACCUGGUCUCUUGGAAUACAGUUCAUAACGUACA